CAGCAUUAAAAAUUCGCCUCCAACAAUUGCAAGAUGAUGCAUAUACUAAUGCCUCCAUAUUAACAGAACAUCCAGUUUUUUCAUCUAAAGAACUCCACACGUACACAGCACAAGCAAUUCUAGUAAUGCACCAAAAUCAGAUUCAAAUCGAAAGAACAGCUAACCCCUGGCCUCUCCCUCUAAAAAUAAACAAACCUAACACUCGGUUCACUAAUAUAAAAAGAUCUACAUUAAAAGCCUUUAUCAUCAAAUUAAUUACUAACGAAGUUCCUAACUAUGUGAAUCUAUAUCUUAGAAAUAAAGAAAAAAACACAAAUUACUCCUGUGCACGUUGCAAUACAGAAGUGGAAGAUACUCCUCACAU